GAAAUUACUAACCGUAUGGCGAAACUCAAUGUUCAGGUUGGAAACUUAUGUUCGUUCUUGCCUCAGGACAAGGUCUCCGAAUUUGCGCAAAUGACUCCGCAGCAGUUGCUUAGAGAGACGCAACGUGCCGCGGGGGAUGUUAAUCUGACCAAUUGGCAUGACACACUCAUUACCGCCGGCAAGGAGCUCAAGAAUCUCCAAGAUGUUUAAAUCCAAUGAUGAGCAGGAGCGGUUGAAGACGAUGCAAGAGCGUAAUUCCCAACUUGAGCGAGACGUUCAGCGCUAUCAAGAGCGCAAGCGUAUCGAGAAGGAUAUCGCUAUCUUAAAAGUGUUGAUUCCUGUUAACGAAUACCAUGAAGCUAAGGAGCGCUACCAGAAGGCAAAAGACCGGCAACGGGAGCUGCACGCCCGGGUGCGGAAACUGAAGGAUAGGAACGCGCCCGCGCAUGCCAAGCUAGAGCAGCUCGCAGUUCAGCACAAGGAAUACGAGAAGGCACGUGAGAAAAAGAAGACUGCAUCUCGCCAGAAGUUCCAGCAGAUGAAAAAUAAAUGGAGCGAGAAUGACAAGCUUGAACGUGAUGCCGAGGAUGUUACGAACAAACUUGACGGUCUCAAACGGGCCGAGAAGGAGCGCGUGAAGAAGAUCAAAGAAAUCCAAGGGCACAAUGAGAAAUGGCAGAAAGAGCUUGACAACCCGCCCAAAUUAGAAGAUUUAGACGCCAUCAAUGCUGAGAUGAGGAAAGUCAACAGGGAGCACAGUCAGACGACAACGCGCAUGGAGGACUUGCAGGAGCGACAAAGGAAGAAUGUCGAUUCGUCCGCCGCCCAACAGGCGAACAUCAGUGGUGCAUUGGACCAGCUGAGAAACCUGGAAGACGAACGCCAUCGUAAGCUCGAGAAGUUGCGGGCCUGGGAUAGAGAUAUGGCCGAUGCAGUUGUGUGGCUUCGUAAUCACCAGGAUAAGUUCAAGAUGGAGGUGUUUGAGCCCCCCAUGAUAUGUUGCACCGUUCCGGAUCGACGCUAUACCGAUGCCAUAGAGGCAUGCUUCAAUCAGGAUCAGCUCAAGAUCCUUGUCACGCAAUGCGAGGAAGAUUAUGCUACCCUCAACAACUACUUGAAUGACGGUGAACAAGCCGGGCUCCGAAAGGGCGCGCGUAUCAACACCUGGUUCAGACCCAAGGUGGACCUGAGCCCUCCUCCCAUGAAUGAGGCAGAGUUGAAGGCACUUGGUUUCGAUGAUUAUGCGAUCAACAAGAUUGAGUGCCCUGACGGCCUUCUAUGGUUUCUCACGCGAGAAGUCAACUUACACCGUACCGCUAUUGGAUUGGACGCUUCUAGGGUCGAUGUAAAUGCUGCUAUGGAAGCUGUUUCCCGAGAUGGUAGCGGGGCAAAGUUCAUUGCGGGAAGAGUGAUGAACACGGUUUCACGAUCUCGGUACGGAAAGCGAGCAGCUGCAAAUAUGACGAAGGACCUCCGUCCAGCCCGGAAUCUUGUCAGCAGCACGAGUAAGUGGUUCGUAAUUGCGACUUUUUGUGGAGUAUAUUUACAGCGACGCAGUCGACCCUGAGAUCAAGAAGAAACUCGAUCAGACUAUCCAGGAGGCAAGGCAGGCUCUUGAAGUCAUCAACGAAGAUGCGAACAACCUUGCGGCAGAGGAGCGUGAGAUCAGGGCUGAGGAAGCACUGUUCAAGAAGACAUUUGACGCACUCGAGGCACGAAAGAAGGUUGUUAAUAA